AUGAAUGCCGUUGUGAUACGGAACAAGUCUACCAACUACCGAAAAUGAGCCGUAUAGACUUUCCUAUGUUUCCACGCACACACAACGAUUCCACUGCGUGUACAGCGCAAAACAGAUCACGUCGAUAAAGUGCAAUGUGAUUUCAUGGUGAAUGUGUUGUCUCGCGAUGCACUGUCCCCGUCCUGAAUAGGGCACUCCAGGAUUUUUUGGCAGUUAAUUGGACAAAUUAUGGAGAUUGCGAUGAUGAUGAUCUUAUCAAUUAAUCCGAUAUCGAUUGAUGACCGACGGGCUGAGGUGAUGCGGCUGAGUGCUGACGCUGAGGCGACGGCUCAGUAUCGCACACUCACCGUCAGUCUGCUCUUUGAUUGGCUGUUGCGAAAUUAAGGCGGAGCAACUCAGCUCGUGGAGAAGUAUGCAUGAGUCAUCAGCUAAUCACGGACUCCAGAUAAUAGAUUACGGCAGCAAGCCGACGAAACCACAACACAGCGACGCAGCGGAUUCGUCGGAUUAUCUGGGAUCAGCGGAUUUCCCCUACCAUCUCCUCCUGCACAUCCUGCGCUACCUGUCCCCCCGGGACAUCCUCGCCAGCCUCUUCCCGGCCAACCAGCACCUGCACCGCGUCCUCGGCGAGGAGUCCCUGUGGCGUUCCCGCUUGCGGCGUGUCUUCCGCGCCCAACCGUAUCCCAUCCUCCCGGGUCCGGAGUCCCCGGGGGAGUGGCGCCGGCGCGCCUACCAUGUGGAGACGGAACGGGAGAUGUAUCGGGAGGAGGCGGACACCGUCUGCCCGUUGACGCGGCGGGUCUUCCAGAUCGCCGAGGAUGGGCAUCGCGUCAACGCCGUGCAUUUCCUACGCGGAGGGCGAUGGCUGGUGGCCGGCGGGACGGAUCACCGCGUGACGCUGUGGGACGCGGAGGCGGUGCAGCAGGCGCCGAGCGGGCCCAGCGGCAUUUCCGACGGGGACCAUGUGGAGGCGGCCCGCUCCGUGCUGCACAAGCACGCGGACUGGGUGACAUCCUUGCAAAGCCGGGAGGGUAAAGUCAGCAGCGGCUCCAUGGACCGCACCAUCAAGAUCUUGGACGUGCACGCUUCCGCCGGGCGCCGGCUGUCCGUGGCGCCCACCAUCACCUUGCUGAGCGAGCGCGGAGUAUUUUGUCACGCUUGGCAGAACGAUCUUGUCGUUGCCGGCUAUCACAGCGCGGUGGAACUCUUCGACAUCCGCAGCAAGAACACCCCGAUCCUGACCAAGACAUCCGAGCACGACGAUCUGAAUCUGGUGUGGGAUAUUGCGUUCCGCGGGCAGCAGGUCUUCCUUCUCUCCAGCGACGGGGCGUUGCGGGUGCUGGACCUGCGCUCGCGCCGCUUCACCAGCAGCAUUACGAUGCCGGUGGGAGAGCACGGUGUGCGUUUAUCCCUGCACGACGGAGUGUGCUGCGUGGCCAGCAACGGCGGCGGCGUGCGGAUGUACGCGGCCGACAGUCUGCAGCUGCUGGAGGAUCUGUCGGGGGCCUUUGAUUUCUCCCGCGAGCACCGCGUCGUCGGCGUGCACUACAACGACGCCCACGUGCUGGCCGCCUCGGCGCAGGGCCUGCUCAGGAUGCUGGAGCCAGUGCGCGCCGGCCGCGUCCUCUGGCAGUGGAGGCCGCCGGCGGGAACCGGAAACUUCCGGUGCAUGGAUUACGCUGGUGAUAAUUCAAUGGCGGUCAGCAGCACCAACCACAUGUGGCUGUGGCGUCCCCGGAACUAAACGAGUCCUUUUUUUACCGGUUAAUCUCCUUGUGAUUUUCGCGAUGGUUUUGCGUCCAUUGUGAUAACUGUUGUCCAGUGUACAAUAAAAAAUUGUAAAAGAAUUAGUAAACGAAAAA